UAUAAGGAGAAUUAGAGGAAAUAAGAGGGCACAACAAACAAGAAGGGCGCACAGAACAACAGGAAAACGCUUCCAUGUGCUGACGGAAUCAGAGAAACUGUGAAGGCAGAUCGAGACAUCAGGACGUUUUUCCUCUCCUGCUGCCGCUGCGUCCGGAGCAUCUCAGCGGAGGAUGCUGCGUCUGUCGAACCGCUGCUAUCCGCUCGGAAUCCGCGCAGUCUCCUCAGCUGAAUCUCACUGUGAUUAUCACAGCGUGUGACGGGUGGAGGGCGAUGUGCGAACAGGCUUUCGGGGAGAGCAAAGGUUGCCCGAACGUUCAGGAGGGUUUUCCCUGAGCAUCUGCGAGGAUUUUCUGCGCGCAGUGCUCCUCAGUCGCAUCGCUGCCGAUUUGUGCUCCACGCAAAGGAGGGAGAAAGACAGACUCCUCAUCUCAUCACUGUUAAAUUAUUUAGGAGGAUCUGUUCCUCAAGCUCAAGCAAUGCCAGGGUCUUUGUUUUACAUGUUCUGUGCAUGAUUUUGAAAUCAGGCUCGAAGUGGCGGUGACACGGAUGAAAGCCGAUGGCCAGGCGCUCCGAAUUUCCUCAGAAGGGGGAUGCAACCUAAAAUAACCCCGGCGCCAAAUGCUUUCCGCACAUCGCAAGCCGAGGGAGCCCUGAAUCUGUGACACGUACGGCUUCUCCAGAGACUGUCCCCCUUCCUGUCCCCCUCCACUCGCAGCCCGGACAUCGGUGACUUUUUAAUGGCUUUUGUGUUCAGAAGAUGGAGGGUUUUACUGGUGCUGAACGUGCUUGCUGUUGCCGGGUUCAUGACUUUUUGGGCCAAGUGCAACACACGCAGCGUCCAAGCCACCGGUCCGGAGGCUCCGGCUGACGGGAAGCGGCCCCGGGGCAACGGGACGGCGCAGGGGCCCAAUAUCAGCCAUGAGGUGCUGCUGAAGAGGCUCAGCUCGCUGGAGGACGUGGUGUACAGGCAGUUAAACGGUCUGUCCAAAUCUCUGGGCCUGAUUGAGGGAUUUGGGGGUCGGGGUAAAGGCGGCCUCCCCGCCACGCUGUCUCCAGCUGAGGAGAGCGAUGCUAAAUACCUGAGGGAGAAGUACGGCUACAACGCCUACCUCAGUGACAGAAUCUCCCUGGAUCGGACCAUACCGGACCACCGGCCCAGCAAAUGCAGAAAGGUCAGCUACCCGAGAGACCUCCCCCAGAUCUCCCUCAUCUUCAUCUUCGUCAAUGAGGCUCUGUCCGUGAUCCUGCGCUCAGUCCACUCAGCUGUCAAUCACACACCGGCUCACUUGCUCAAAGACAUCAUCUUGGUGGAUGACAACAGCGAUGAUGAGCAGCUGAAAGGACCGCUGGAGGAGUAUGUGAACAAGCGCUACCCCGGCCUGGUGAAGAUCGUGAGGAACCAGAAGAGAGAGGGACUGAUCCGGGCCAGAAUCGAGGGCUGGAAGGUGGCCACCGGCGAGGUGACGGGAUUUUUUGAUGCCCACGUGGAGUUCACACCGGCCUGGGCCGAGCCGGUUCUGGCUAGAAUAAAGGAGGACCACAAGAAGAUCAUUUUGCCCUCCAUCGACAACAUCAAGCACGACACGUUCGAGGUGGAGCGCUAUGAGAACUCAGGCCAUGGCUAUAACUGGGAGCUGUGGUGCAUGUACAUCAACCCGCCCAAACAGUGGUGGGACGAGGGGGACAUGUCUGCUCCCAUCAGGACUCCCGCCAUGAUUGGCUGCUCCUUCGUGGCUAACCGCGAUUACUUUGGCGAGCUCGGCCUGCUCGACUCAGGCAUGGACGUCUAUGGAGGGGAGAACAUCGAACUGGGCAUCAGGGUGUGGCUGUGUGGAGGCAGUAUGGAGGUGCUGCCUUGUUCCAGGGUGGCUCACAUCGCACGGAUGAAGAAACCCUACCAUAGUAACAUAGCUUUCCACACACGGCGUAAUGCUCUGCGCGUGGCUGAGGUCUGGAUGGAUGAGUACAAGUCCAAUGUCUACCUGGCCUGGAACAUCCCCAUGGAGAACCACGGUAUUGAUUAUGGAGACAUCUCUCAGCGGGUUGCCCUGAGGAAGAGUCUGCAGUGUAAGAGCUUUGAAUGGUACCUCGACAAUGUUUACCCAGAGAUGAGGAGGUACAACAACACGCUGUUCUACGGCGAGAUUCGUAACUCUAAGGUGAGCCAUCUGUGUAUGGAUCAGGGCAUGAAGGAGAACCACACGGCCACUCUGCAUCCGUGUCAUGGAUGGGGUCCUCAGUUAGGACGUUACACCAAAGAGGGUCAGCUGUUCCUGGGUCCUCUGGGCAGCACCGGGGAGGACACUCGCUGUGUGGUGGACGAUCAGAUCAGCAGCUUUCCUCAGCUCCUCAACUGUGAGAAAGUGACCAACAUAAAGCAGAAGACAUGGCAUUUCUCUCAGAACGAAUCAAUCAUAAACCGAGCCACAGGACGCUGUCUGGAGGUGGUGCCGGCUAACGUUUACUUCGGCCACCUGCUGGUCCUGCAGCCCUGCUCCGGGCAGAGGUGGACCAUCAAGAACACCAUGAAGCAGUAGUUGACCGGCCAAUUUCACCGGGACCAAUGACACCUGAGGCCAUUUUCAAGAGCUGUCGCCUGACCUCAGCUUGGCCAAGCCACAACCGAUGAGGCAGAGGCUCCUUGUUUUCACAAGACAAGACGGAGGUGGUUUAAAAGAUUUGAGCUGUGAACAUCUCACUGAUACAAGUGUUGUGAAAAAUGGUUGUGUUGUACAAACUGGACAAACUGAUGCAAGUUUCGCAUGAGGACUGUUUCUUUCAAUGUGACAUUGCCAUAAAUCCUGUAUGUGCCACUUCUCUACGCUGUUGUCUAAGGACUGAGGUUCGAUCAGCCAAAACUUCUUCUGUCUUACAUGGGGGAAAAAUAAGGUGUCUGUCUUCAUCCUCAAAAUCUCCCUGAUUAUUUCAUUCUAUAUUAUAUUCAUUUCAUUCUGUAUUAUAUGUCUUUCAAGAUGUAUAAAGAAUAAACACCUGGGAUUAAGGUUUCAGUAAUAAGCACUGAGCAGAAUACAUUAGUAGUUAGUGUUAGGCUUCGUCAGUGGCUCUCAACUUUUUAGCUUAAGUCACCUGAAAAUGAAGGAGUGCCAACUUACAACAGGCACAGAUUCAACAGUGAAUCAAAUAUUAAUGCCCAAAAAGGGAUUUUUAUUUCCUUCUUACAAAAGUCCAGACCCUGUAAAUAUUUCUGAUUUGACAAAAAAAGCAUUAACAAUAAAUAUUUCUUGGUGUAUUGGGGCCUACUUGUUUGCAGUUAUUGUAAAUCAUCUCAAGUCACGUCAAAAAUAACUGUCGAGGGCUACUGGGUGAAAUCAUGGUUUUAUACGUCGUGGAUGCAUUUGUCUUUUCUCUGAAUUUUUACUUCAAGCAUUCUGUAGCACCAAAUGCAGUACAACUUGUAGCAUGAUUGUAAGUACUGUAUGCACAAGGGGACAAAGUUUAGUUGUGCUGAGUCGUUUUAUUCUCUUACUUGCUGAGUGCCAUAACUGCUGCAGACGGCCAAAACUAACGAAGCACUUUUUUGGACACAGAGAUGGAACUGCAGACCAUGAGGGGAAAAAUGAAUCAGGAAAAAAAUGCACAAGUGUAUCGACUGUGGAGAAGCUGGAGGCCUUCAAGGCAAGCAUUGUAAUGUUGAUGUAUAUGAUGUCAUAUGUUCAGUUAAUUCAGUGUUAUCAGUUGGAUUUUUGCUCCUGAGAUUGUCUUCCAAUAAAAAACUGGUUUCCUGG